CAAAAGUUUGUGAUUGAACCCGGGGCGCUAUAGUGAGCCGCAGUGUUUUGCAAACGUGUAAGGUUUUAUGCACCACGGAUCGGUUUUUUUUUUGUGUGAAGUGAAACAAGCGUGUCCUCGUGUAGUGAGCGAAUGGAAGUUGCGUUUCGCCGGAAAAUGAUCAGAUUCCGCUUCGCGAUCAGCUUAACAAUGUGCCGGAAACGAGGGCAAUAAUAUUGAGGAAGUGCUACCAAAGUGUGACGGAGAACAAGCAGUAAAAGUGAAGCUUCAAGCCGUCUGUAUUUUUUGUUGUUCAGGUGUAUGAGUUGAACCGUGUUUUUGUGUUUUUGGUGCUGUUCCAAACGGUUUCGGUUUAAACAAAACCAUCUCUGGCGUAGUGCGGACUCAAUAAAAUUUCCAACCCGCCCAACAUCAAGAAUAGAAGCAACCAGUUCUGGUACUUCUUACUGACUUCGAGCACUGUUCGACAACGACAUCGUAAGGAUCCGGCUUAAAGGCCAAUGGAAGGAAAUUGUUGAGAGCUCACAUAUGUUUACGCCGUUCAAGGAUUAUUCGUUCAACAGGGCUGGCAAUUUCCGCGAAGCAAUUGCUCCAUUCGAAAGCGGUGUGGUGGUGUGAAAAAGUGAGCAGAGGAUCGGCGGAAGGAGGAAUUGUCCAUGCGGCGCAGUGUUCCAUCCCUCCCCAUGUCCUUACUGUGCAGCGCGUGAGGUAAAGUUUUCACCGGAAGGAUCUUGCAGUGCGCCCACUUCGGUCACGACUGUUGUGACCGUGUCAUCUCGCUGGUGACAGCAGGAGCGUACGGGUGCCGGGUGCGAUGGCUGUGACGCUGAAACAGGAGGUUAAUUUAUCUCGCCGCGCCUGCAGGCCCACAGACUGCACGCGCGAGCAGAGGACGCUGUUGACAACACCCCCAGUAGCGGGCAUCUGUGACUGUCGGCAUUACAGCAACGCUAGUGUUUGUGGUGAACAAGGUGCUAACAACUCGGUGGCGAUGCCGGCAAAGGAACUCGCGGAUUGCUGCACCGGCCAAAGUGGUAGCCUUCUGACGUGCCUACUGGCUACCCUCGUGAUGUGUGCGGGUCAAGUGUUAUUAAAGCUGCGCCACAGCACCGGUGGCUGGGAGCUGCACCAGCCACGGCUCGGCAGCUUGUGUAUAUAUGUAGUGUUCUGCAGCGCUUUGCUAUCUCACAAUGCCUUCGUUCUAGCUAGGCCAAACCUAAGCGCACCGGCCAGCGGCGAGAAGGUGCCGGUCGGUCAAUUAUCGCCUCUGGAUCUGGCGUUCGAUGCCAGCAGCGGAUCGCUAACGAGUGCGAGUCAAUUAAAACGUUCUGCCGAGGCGGCGGCCAUCAUCGCAUCGACCUCACCGUCGUCGGACGACGGCGCUGGCCACGGCAAUGAGAUGAUGGUCGAACAUGGCAAAGCCGGCGAGGGUGAACACGGUGACGAGCACAACUACGAACGGUAUCCCGUUUCGCAGGUGGAGUUUUCCCGCGUCGAAACUCCGUUCGUGAUCGGCGUCUGGAUUUUGUCUGCUAGCAUAGCGAAGAUUGGGUUCCACAUGACGCCCAAGCUGAGUCGCAUUUUCCCAGAAUCCUGCCUGCUGAUCGUGGUCGGCGUCAUCAUCGGUGCGCUGUUGCGGUAUGCAACGAACCUGCACGUGUCGCCCCUGACACCGAACACGUUUUUUUUCUACAUGCUGCCGCCGAUCAUCCUCGACGCCGGAUACUUCAUGCCAAACCGCAUGUUCUUCGAUAACAUUGGCACCAUCCUCCUGAUGGCUGUGAUUGGCACGAUAUUUAAUAUCGCCACCAUUGGUAGCUCGCUGUGGGCAUGCGGUCAGACCGGCAUCUUCGGCGUCGACCUACCGUUCCUGCACAUCUUCCUCUUCUCCUCGCUGAUCGCAGCCGUAGAUCCGGUAGCGGUGCUAGCUGUCUUUGAGGAGAUACACGUCAACGAGGUGCUCUAUAUCGUAGUAUUCGGUGAAUCGCUGCUUAACGAUGCUGUCACGGUCGUAAUGUAUCACAUGUUCGAGGUGUACAACAAAAUUGGUGUUGACGAAAUCAUAGCCGUUGACAUCGUGUCGGGCAUUGCGUCAUUCUUUGUGGUUGCACUCGGCGGUACCAUUAUCGGUGUCAUCUGGGGCUUCCUGACUGGUUUGGUGACACGAUUUACCGAUCACGUGCGUGUCAUUGAGCCGAUCUUCAUCUUUGUGAUGGCUUAUCUGGCGUACUUGAAUGCAGAAAUUUUCCACAUGAGCGGUAUCCUUGCCAUCACCUUCUGUGGAAUAACGAUGAAAAACUACGUCGAACAGAAUGUGUCGCACAAAUCACACACUACCAUUAAGUAUGCACUGAAAAUGUUGUCCUCCUCGGCGGAAACGAUCAUCUUCAUGUUCCUUGGCGUCGCCACUGUUAACAACAAGCAUGUGUGGAACACUUGGUUCGUUUUGCUGACAAUAAUCUUCUGUUCGGUGUAUAGAAUUUUAGGUGUUUUGAUACUGUCAGCGUUGGCGAAUCGUUUUAGAAUUCACAAGCUAACUAAAGUAGAUCAAUUUGUUAUGUCUUAUGGAGGCCUUCGAGGAGCUGUUGCGUUCGCUUUAGUGUUACUGGUGGACGAGGAUCACAUUCCGCUGCAGCCAAUGUUCUUGACGACGACGAUUGCGGUCGUUUACUUUACCGUGUUCCUGCAGGGUAUCACCAUCAAACCGCUAGUCAAAAUUCUGAACGUAAAGCGUUCGAACAAGCGCAAACCAACCAUGAACGAACGUAUCCACGAACGGUUUAUGGAUCAUAUGAUGGCCGGCAUUGAGGAUAUCGUUGGCAAGACGGGCAACUACAAUAUACGCGAUAAGUUUAAGAGAUUCGACAAUAGGUUCAUUCGUCCAUAUUUGAUCAAGAAUUUACAGGGUCCGGAGCCGAAGAUUUUGGAAACCUACUCUAAGCUAACGAUGCGCGACGCCAUGGACUACAUGCGGCGCAACCCAUCCACCAUCGGACAAAUGUCUGGAACUGAAUCAAUGAGUGCAUUAUUUAGAAACUACACGUCCUACUUCGGCGGAAGCCCUAGCUUUACGAACCUUGAAAAUUCGACCCGCAACCUUGAUAUGCAGGAGCUGGACUACAAUCCUUCGAAGAAAGACUUAACGGAUGCCAAAAUACAUCAUUUGCUGUCGGAAGAGCUUAAACCAUACCGCCGGCAUCGAAGACUUAGCUAUAGCCGCCAUGCCGUUGAUGAUCGCGACCUUUCAACACAGGUCAACUAUAAGAUGCAGAUGAAUAUUCGCCGCAUGAUAAGCGAAAAGAAACACCACAAGCGCAGCAAACGCGUCAAGGAUGGUAAGCAGCAGAAUCACGUCUCGUUCCCGGAGUUCGUGCAGAACGGAUCGGCAAAACAGUUUGCGAACGAUUACAUCAACGAAGUGCUGCACGAGGAUAACGAGGACGAGGAAAGACAGGCGGGACCGUCGGAAGACUGGGACGGAGGUGGCCUUACCUUUACCGCCAAAUCAUCGCUGGACGAAAGAGGAGCAAACAAGGAAGACAAAAGGUUUUCCCGCGAGUCACGAUUUUUGGAAUCGGAACAACGUGUCGCAACACCGACUGCUAUCGAAUCGGUCCUGCCCUGGAAGCGGGUGGAUGAAAGUGACGAUAAUGGUGCUAUCAAACAGAACGAAUUCCCAUCAUGGGCUUCAAAUAAGGAGUAUCUAGCUUACAAUUCACCAAGUGCAACAUUUUUGGGUGGCUUAACGCAACCUAAACAGGCUAAGUCCGUAAUAGGUCUGUUCCGGCGCGAGAGUUCCGGUUCCGGUGGGGUCGUCAUCGGUGGGGUGACUGAUUCCGAGACAUCGACCCCGGUGGCGGCAACCACACCGGUCGGCCGGGUCGCCAUCCCCAAGGACAAACGGUCGGCCUCCAUCGCCGGCUACAUCACGAUCGAUGGCGGAGAUACGGCUGGCAACCCGAUGCUGGAUCCGCUCGGUAUCUCCCGGGCCGGACCACACGCGACGGCAUUCCCGGUCACCGCUAGCCAUCGGCGCAACAAUCGCCGUGGAUCGAUGCUGGAGCUAAGCGGCGAGGCAAUCCCAGAAGAAAACUACACCAAAUCUCUGCCCGAACGCGACAAGUACGGAACCCGCCGAGGACCAGCUCUAAUCAAAGCGUCAUCCACCAACACACCGAAGUCGGCCGGUCGGCGUACGGGUGGUCCAGUGAACCCGCAAACUACGGCCCUGCUGUCGGCCAGUUCGACCGAUUCGGACGAGGAUGACGAUGAGGAGGACGGCCACCGGCAUCAGCAGGACAGCCGUCACCGGUCCGAUGAUGCGACGCGUCGAUUAAACGGCGAUGGAAACAACGAUGACGAGGACGACGAGGACGAUGAAGACGAGGACGAGGACUGUGCGGACGAGCAGCAUCCCAUUUGAGAAAUAUUCAUCUAGGGUAGUCGUCUUACGCACUACCGUGGUAGAUUUUAAUGCCCCCUGUGUCCCUCUCGGGAAGGAUUGGGGCUUCACUGGUUGGCCGACCAAGCAAAAUGCGGCUCAGGAAAAAAAAACAAAGCACAAUUCGUGAUCGAAGCAGAUUGCACAAUUCUCACAUCAGCGCUUCUUCCAACUCGUUCCCCCCGCAUUCCGCGUAAUCCGAUGCCUUAGCGGAGGAUGUAGAACGUACGAAACGUACACAGUGUAACAGUUAGAUUCUACCGGUUGCGUUACUUCGGCGUAACGCGCGUUACGCACACUGUGUCCCGCAGUGCGUUAGCCAAGAUUCGUAAGAUGAAAAAGUGUCAGCAUAGUGGAAAUCGUGCGAGAAACUAGUAAAUCCGUCGGUGGUAGCAUAGCAAACAACCACAACAUUUACCGAGCAAAUGCUAGUAACUGGUGGCAAAAAAUAAUUACUAUUACUACUACUACUACUACUACUACUACUUACAACUACUAGUUACUACUACUAUCGAUCAUUGUGUUACGUUGCUGAAAGUAUUCGAAAUCAUUCCGGUUGCGUUAUAGAUAAAGUUAGGAGGGAAACUGUGUUACUAGCACGAAAACAGCUCGUACUGUCGCAACGUAAUGCAAGCCGCACUUAGUGGACAGCUAAGACAGGGACGAUCACUAAGACGCAUAUGAGUGCAAGGACGUUAUAGUUUAUUUUUAUGGAAUAUUAGAGUUUUUAAAGUCGGCAAAAACAAACAAACAAUCGAUUGUUACGUAUACACAUGUAAGUGGAACAGUAGAAGCGUAUGAAUGUUUUAGUUUAAAAUGAUUAAAUAAUAUCGCGCGGGUAGAUUGAUCGAGAUUUACAACAAUACAACAUAAUUUGGUGCUAUUCUAAAUGCAAGGGCAGGGCGAUACUAAUUUUUCGAUCGAUAUGAAUCUUCCUUCCACACAAGCGUUUUCUCGGUGAGAAUACAUGCUGCUUUCACGCUUCCGCAGAAACGAAAGGUAGCCAACAGUGAGAAUCGGAAGGAUUUGUUUGUCCGAUCGAACAACAAUGUACUUAAAACUAGCGAAUUAUAUUCGAUCCUUGCUAUUGUGCGUGCAGCUAUUGGCUGUUGCAUUCUCUCCGAUUACGACUGUCGCGCUUGUUUGCGUGGCUGCGCGCAACUUUGUGAGACUUCGCGUGAAGCGCUAGCACAAAACCCACCCCCAAACCAUCGAAAAACUGUAGGAGCUGAUAGGCAGGAUUUUAUCAGGCUCUAUAAAUGCUAGACAAUUUCAAACGUUAGGAAUAAUUUUUAACUAAACACACACAGUGAAGCUAUUGUGCUUGCAAGCGCGGAAGGUUAGAGAUUCCUCUAGAACCCACAGUGUCGUGACGUAUGAACAUAUUAGUUACCAGGUAUCCGUCUAGGUCGAACGUCUUAACAGGCUUCAGUUACGUUCAGACGCGUUAGCGGAGCACCUAGAAACAAGUCUAACAGAAGUUAAAGUCACAUCCAGCCUUUAAGUUGUAUAACAAAUAAUGUUUCUCUUUCAACGGAUGUUUCGUUUGUGCUUUGAGAUUCUUUUACCAAACAAACAAACACUUUAUUGACUCUCGAGCAUGUCAUUUACCAGUCAGUGGAAUAAGUUCAAUCGUAAAACUUACUAAUUAGCUGCUAGUAGACUUUCCUUUGCCAGCCGAACAAAUAGGUGUAGCAAAGAUAUGGGGGGGUUAAAGCACACAAUCCCACAUUACAAUCCCGCGCAUCCGUUACUUAUCCACCCUGAUGGGGAUGUCUUAGUGGGGAUUUUUGGCGCUACUACGCUACUUAGUGUCCAUGUAGUUACGUUUAGGUUUCGUUUAGCGGCUAGAACAAUGACACAAAACAGAGGUAUUAUUACACAACAGUAUCGAAGCAUAAGUUAGGAUUAUCUUUUUAAGGGCAUGCGACAAGGGAGGGAGGUAUUCCUUCCUGCUGGUGUACGGUAGGAUGCGAACCGGUAAGAUAACGCGCAGCAAUUGCAGUUAUUGCAUUAUUUUUCCAUCAUGUUACGCGUGUACUAUACUGCAAACAGCUCGUAAACCUUUGCUCGUGUUUUGAGUUACUUACAGCGUCCUACGUUUUGUUUACUCAGUUGAGAUCCGUGGUACUUAAGCAUCCAUUUUGCACAUUUUGUUUGCACUCGCUUUGCUUUAGAAUAAAUGCUUCGAUAUUAUUUGUUUUUUUUUUUUGGUCGCAGAAAAGAAAAUAUGAACGAAUUCCAAUUAUGUUGUUUAUUAAUUUUAUUCUGAAAAAAACGUUGAGUGGAAGCAUUUUGUUUGGUACAGGCUUUAAAGCAAAAUGCGUCAGGCAUCUUGCAUUAAAACGUGAAAUAAGACCCAUGGCCAAAAUUUACCGCGUUAGGGCUCAUCGCAUAUCGCGCACCCCUUCCAGUGUGUGGGUUCUGUGGAUUGCAAAAAAAAUUAGGCAGCAACUACCUGUCCGGGUGAAAUGCGAUAAAUAAAAUAAAAGAAAAAAACAAACAUUGUUGAUAAUUGAACUUAUAGUGUACUCUGUAGGUCAACAUUUUACGGCAAAGCACGCUGCACGCGUGAUGCAAAUAUUAACAAUUACACAAACCGAAACCCCGUUCUUGGGGAAUAGAGCGCUUUUUCUGUCCAGAAGCGGCACAAUGUAUGUGGACGAGUAGGGAUAACAAAAAAAAACCCCGCAACACUAUCUAUAUCCCACACGCAGGAACCCCAUAGCCCGCAAAAGGCUGCCGAACACUAUUCUUUUCCCCUUUUCCAAAGCUGGUAGAGCGAUACGCGAGCUGCAGAAAUGCACCGUUUCAAUGCACGUGCACAGAUGCAACUAGAACAAGAACAAGGGGAUUGGACAGUGAAGCCAGAACACUUGCGAUUGCUAUACGCUGUGAGAUGAAACAGAACUGAAACAUAAUAAAACCGAAAAAAUGGAACAGAACAGUAAGCGAACGCGCUUACAGCAGAAGCAAAUUGCGAAGCACAGCCGAAGCCGAACCUAUGCACAAAUGGCCGAAUGAUGAAUGAAUGAGUGACGCGUUUAGCUCCGCGUUAAACCGUUAAACAAUCAAUAGGAAACGAAUGAAGGAGAGACAAAAGGAAACUAAACCAUGGUACAGACAACACCAGGGAUGAUGUGUAUACUAUUGUUGUCACAAUUUCUUAUGCUCGUGAAAGGCAAAGGCGGGAGGAAGCGAACAGAAACAAACAAACAAUACCGUACGGGUUUGAGUUGAUGACUCGUAGAUAAGAAAGGAGGAAGGAAGGAAGAAAAAAAAAAUAAACGAUGGAACCUAAUGGAUCAAGCAUAGAUAAAAGUAAGCAAACAAACGGUUACAUAGAAA